CUACUUUGAGUAUGUGUGAAAACGCUCGUAACUGAAAGAGAUAAACAACAAACAAGAUAAAUUAUGCUCCAUAAAAAUUAUUCUACAUGAUGUACAAUUUAAUUGAUCAAUAACAGUCAUCAGCUUGGAUAUGAAUCGCUGGAUAUUUGUUGGGCUAAUUUGUACACGAUUAUACAGUAACGCUAUAAAGAUAAUUGGCUCUGACAAAAAAGUCUUCACUCUAUACUAUGACAGCUAUUGCAUAAAUUUUUCAAAGGAGAAGUAUAAUGAGUAAGUAUAGAUUUAAUUUUUUUUUUUUAAUAAUGCAGAUAAAUAUUCAAAUGGGAAUUUUUUUUUCAAUAAACUAUUUUAUUAACCUAUUUGAAAUAUUUGCAGUGUAUUAAAUAUAAAAAAAAAUAAUUCUGUUUAUCUAGUUGAUUUUAGACCUUAAGUAAACAAAAAUGUUUCGAUAAAGCAAUGUAUGUCAAAAAAAUAACUUCUUCGUAUAUUAACCAAAUAUUUCUAAACAUAAUUUAUUUAAAGAAGUAAAUUAAAAUUCAUUUAGAUUGAGAUGUAAGCAAAAUAUGUACAUUAAUGUAAUACAUGUAAAUAAACAUUUUUUUUUUUUAUUUUCAAUAACAGAUUUAUACAAUGCUUGUGUAGUUCAAGCGGCAAUACAAGUCUAAUGGUAUCUUUGUCAAGUCAAAAUAAAACCAUAGAGAUGACAGAGACUAUGAAAUGUGUAAAGUAUCAUAUCCCAUUAGAAAGAUUGCCAUUUGAAUGUAUAUUAACAUCGUCAAAACAUACCAAAGAGAUGGUUGAAUUUAAAGAAUUUAAUCUAAUAUGUAGGACAAAAGAAAGCGAUAUUGGCAAUACAAAAACAGUGAAUACUUUUACCGUGAAUUCCCAUUUGAAAUUGUGUGAUAAAUGUUUCCAUAUAAACUGGUGGUCAGAUGGCCAGCUAACUUUAGGAUAUCACGAUGAAGAAAUACGAAGGCAGUCAGAGGAUUGCAGAUUACAAGAGAUAACAACAAAAUCAACAUCAAAUGUAGAAAUCAUUUUUGCCAACUCUUCUAAAAGUACUAAUAUUAGCGAUAAUUUUAGGCGAACUAAUAGAGACAAAACUCAUUCUAUCUCAACAAUAGCUUAUGUAAUAUCAGCCAUAUUUAUUGGUUGCAUUGUUACAUUUUUUCUAGGAGUAAAGAGGAUAAGCUUGAAUACAAUUUUCCGAAGACAUUUUAGUGUAAUUUAUAGUUUGAUUAAACCAAAGUCACGUGACACGGACCACAUUAGCAAUUUCAAUGACCAUGAGCAAGCGUUUGGUGACCCUAUCCCCCAAACAAUUGAACGAUUUGAUCGUAUGCCCUUGGUCAAUGAAGAAGACAUUUUUAACGAACACAUGGCAUUCUGGCAUAGGGAAACUAAUAGUGUUGAUUUAAGGGCAAAUGAAUCAGUUUCUGAAGCUUUGGAACAAGAAACAUGUCUAAAUAAUAUUAUGGAAGAUAACAUAUAUGCCGAUCCUGUAAUGAUUCUGAAUCUCUUGAAUUCAAGUUCCAACGAAACACAGACAACUAAAAAUCAAAGAAGUAUUCUAACUGACAUACCUACCCAUUCAACAGUGGCACAUGAAGCUAUUCAGGUGGUAACAGAGAGGGAAACAAAUGUGAGAUAUUAUGAAGUUGAAUUUAAACCCGUAGAGUAUUACGAUUCCCAAACCGUUCACGAAACUACUCUUAAAAGUUCAGCUGAAAAUGACGUAACCACGGCAACUGAUGUAGACAAAGUCUAUGAAACCCCUCUACCCAUUACCGACACCAUUUACUACACAUUAAGAAGAAAGGCCAAUAUGUUUAAACAUAAUUAUGAAUGCAUUCCAAUAGAGAUUGACUCUUCUCACACUAGUCUGACGGUCAACGAAGGUUCGAGAUUGUCUACAUUUUAUGAAAUAGCAUUUGAUGAAGAAGAAGAUGGCGGUAGACAAAUGAUCCAUCGUGACACGGAGAUCGUUACUGACGAAAAUCGGGGUAUAAUUGUUGACUCUGAGAACCCUAUUUUUGAUAAGACCAUUUAUUCUUCACUGAGAGAAAAAAGGACGUUUAAGCACAAUUAUGAAAUAAUAGCAACUGUGAUGGAAUCACCUUGCAUACACCUUGGAGAAAAUUCAUUGAAAAUCGUGCAAGAAAUCGCAGAACAAAAUACUGCAGCAGAAAACUUAUUUGAUAAUCAAACUUCGCCUGAACCGAAUUCAAGUACAGACAAAGAACAUGACGACAUCAUGACCAGCAUUGAGGGUGUAGAGGACACAAACCGACACACCGCCAUUAAAGAUGUGUCGUGCACAUUUCCAGAUAAAAUAAAGAGUUACAUUGAUUUAGAUUCACCAUAUUCCAGCUCACACCUACAGCUUGAGAUGAACUUACAAUCCUAAUUGAAAUCUAUACAUCUAUUCCUUCAGUCAUGCUGUCCUCUCCUUCUGACUGCUACUAGAGCUAACACAAACACAUCCCUUGUUAUGUCUAUAAGUUGCAACGUG